AUGUUUGCAAGAAGAUUUGGUGUUUCCAAGCUACUACAUCACGGUUUAAGAAACGGAUAUAAAUCAUCCUUCAAUCAAGCACGUCUAGCUCAUAAUGUUAUUGGAAUCGAUCUCGGAACAACCAAUUCUGCGGUAGCACUAGUUGAAGGUAAAGAAGCACGGAUUCUUGAAAAUGAAGAAGGAGGGAGAACAACACCUUCAAUUGUGGCAUUUAAUGACAAGGAAACCUUGGUUGGUCUUCCUGCCAAAAGACAAGCUUUGGUGAACCCUCGAAACACAUUUUUCGCAACCAAAAGACUCAUUGGCCGCAAGUUUGAAGACGAAGAAGUACAGAAGGAUAUCAAGAAUACGCUGUUUAAGAUUUCAAAGCAUGAAAACGGCGAUGCUUGGUUAGAGACUAGCGAUGGUCGCCAAUUCUCCCCAUCACAGAUUGGUUCUGUUGUGCUCCAGAAAAUGAAACAUAUUGCCGAGUCGCAUCUUCCAGAUGAAGUGAAACAUGCCGUGGUGACUGUUCCUGCCUACUUUAAUGACUCACAGAGACAAGCUACCAAAAGUGCUGGUCAAUUGGCUGGUCUUGAAGUUUUGAGAGUUAUUAAUGAACCCACUGCCGCAGCCUUAGCAUACGGUAUUGAUCAAAAGAAGCCGGAUGGCGUUGUUGCUGUGUUUGAUUUUGGUGGCGGAACAUUCGAUGUGUCUAUUUUAGACAUUGAGGACAAGGUUUUCGAGGUAAGGGCCACUAAUGGUAACACGCAUUUAGGAGGAGAAGACGUCGAUCUUAUGCUUCUUAACUAUAUCAUGGACGAGUUCAAGAAGGAGCACGGAAUUGAUCUUCUGAGUGAUCGAAUGGCAGUCCAGAGAAUCAGGGAGGCGGCAGAGAAGUGCAAGAUUGAAUUAUCCCACGUAAAGGAGACCGAAAUCAACAUACCUUUCAUCACAAAAGACAAACACAUCAAUUUCAAGUUGACUGAAGAUGAGCUUGAUGAAAUGAGUAUGCCAUUUAUUAAUAAAACCAUUGAUCCUGUCAAAAGGUGCCUCCGUGAUGCCGAGUUGACGGCAAAGGACAUUGACGAAGUUAUCUUGGUUGGCGGAAUGACAAGAAUGCCUAAGAUUCGAAAAGUAGUGGAGGAUUUGUUUAAGAAGGCCCCUAACACAGCAGUUAAUCCAGAUGAGGCUGUUGCUCUUGGCGCUGCCAUUCAGGGUGCUGUUCUUUCUGGUCAGAUAAAGAAUGUUGUAUUAUUGGAUGUGACGCCUUUGACGUUAGGUAUUGAAACAUAUGGAGGAAUUUUCAGUCCACUCAUUCCAAGAAAUUCCGCUGUGCCAUUAAAGAAGGAGCAAGCCUUCUCCACUGCAGUUGACGGUCAGACAGGAGUGGAAGUCAGAGUCUUCCAAGGUGAGAGACCCUUGGUGAAAGACAACAAAUUAAUUGGUAAUUUCAAACUUGCCAACAUUCCUUCAGGUCCGAAGGGUACUCCACAGAUUGUCGUCUCGUUCGAGAUUGAUGCUGAUGGUAUUAUUAAUGUCUCUGCUGCAGAUAAGACACCAUACCCAGAAGACUCGCCCCACUAUGGCAAGCCUAACAAGGUAAGUAUCCAGGUGACCGGACAAACUAGCAUGUCAGAAGAAGAGAUCAAGGAAGUAUUGAAGCAAAGUGCGGAUAACGCCAAAAAGGAUGCUGAAUACAAGCAACAUGUUGAAAAUGCUACUCGUGUUGAUAUCCUCUGCACUGACGCUGAGAAUGCCGUAACUCAGUUCGGUAAGUUGAUGGACGAAGAGGAUACAAAGGCCAUCAACGAGAUUUUAACUUCAUUGAAAGAUAAGGUUAACGAUGUCAGAGAAAAGGGCAUCUUGCAUGAUGUUGCAAAGAUGACUGAAGAGGUCAAUACAAUGCAACAAGUGACUAUGGCAGCUGUACAGAAAGUUGCAGUCAGGCAACAGCAGCUUCAGAAGGAAAAGUCAAAGUCAGAAGACAAUUGA